GCGAAAAGGGUACAGCAAUCCCUUCCCUCGCGACUUAUGAAGCCGAUCAAGGUUACUAACCUCGGACCUACCAUCUCCGCGGACGGGAAGGCCGACCGGGAGAUCACGAGCCGCAGCUGCCGAGCGUGGAAGUACUACCGUCGGAACAGUGCUUCGAUGUACGACAGGAGACGGGCCGACCGCCAGCUCAAGAUCCGGCUACUCCAGGCUGAAGUGGUGGAGACUCUCCUAUAUGGGUGCGCCUCGUGGAGCCUAACAGCGGAGCACUACACGAACCUCAGUGGGACCCGCCGCCAGUUCGUUACACGGUGCAUCGGCUGGAGCAAGCGGAAACGCUCAGACCGCCCCCUGUCCUAUGCCCAGGCCCUCAUCCAGGCAGGCUGCGAGGAAACCAUCGAGGCCACCGUGCGCAAACGGAGACUGUGUUUCGCGGGCUUUGUUAUGCGCAUGGAGGACAACCGCCUCCCGAAGGGCAUACUGCUAGGAGCGAUGGCGGGGGGGGGAUACCGGGGCGGGCAGGAGAGCAACUGGGUGUCUCGUCUAGGAGAGGACCUCGUGUCCUUCAACAUGGGAGACGAAAAGGAAGGGGGUAAAUGGAACGAGAGCGCCAAGGACCCGGAGGUAUGGUACAACAAGGUCGAGGACGAGGCGGCAUGGCUCAUGAGGAAAUGGCACAGACAGGCAGGAGGCGGAAGCGUCCGCCAAGCGCCAGCGCGCGAGGGAAGCAGAAGCAAUAGAGUACGGCCAUCUCAGGACCGAAGCGAGAGUCGAGGAAGCGGCGGUGGCGGGGAAGAAACGGCGACCGGGCACUGCUGUAGAAGCGAGUAAGGCGGCCGAGGCAGNGUGGCGAACUAUGUACCCGGCUGAUGUUGUUGCGCCCUGUUUCCCUCCCUGCUGUAUGCUAUACUCCUUUAUUUAUGUCCGUUGUAUUGCCUUCGGCCUCUGUGCUGUGUUUCUUUUUUUUUCAUGUCCUCCCUGCCUACUGUACGGGAUUUGAAUGUNCAUGGCUCAUGAGGAAAUGGCACAGACAGGCAGGAGGCGGAAGCGUCCGCCAAGCGCCAGCGCGCGAGGGAAGCAGAAGCAAUAGAGUACGGCCAUCUCAGGACCGAAGCGAGAGUCGAGGAAGCGGCGGUGGCGGGGAAGAAACGGCGACCGGGCACUGCUGUAGAAGCGAGUAAGGCGGCCGAGGCAGCACUUGUGGCGAACUAUGUAUGUACCCGCCUGAUAUUGUUGCGCCCUGUUUCCCUCCCUGCUGUAUGCUAUACUCCUUUAUUUAUGUCCGUUGUAUUGCCUUCGGCCUCUGUGCUGUGUUUCUUUUUUUUUCAUGUCCUCCCUGCCUACUGUACGGGAUUUGAAUGUGAAAGUACAAACGGUAGUGCGGGCUAAUGCCCAGAGAAAAGUGCGGGAGACUCCCCACGGAAGGACAAAAACAGGGGACAGGAUCUAGUAGCCCCUGCUUGAGCAGCUGAUCCUGGCCCCAUCCUAGGCAGUCCUCUACCUUCCCUUGGCAACAGUUACUGCUGUUCCACACGAGUUAAUAACAAGACGCCGCUGAUGCGGCCAACGGGUCUCGGCCCGACCUCCACGAUGUGGUGAGCUGCCUCCUCGUGGCGAUGCGGGCGGCCACUAUGAACGCCACGUCUCCGGUGGUGUGGCCCGGCUGCGCCGUGGCAACUCCGGCAUCUCCGGCGUUCCAGCAGCCCAAUGCCGGCCGCGUCAAGGCCAAGCCGGUCCAGCCCAUCGUGCGAGAGAGUAGCUCGGGCGAGGACUCGGGCUGGAGUUCCGCGGGAGCCUCUCGCCCCCCCCCGGAUCCAUCUUCAUUGGCGGGCAAUGGCCGGGCACGGCAUUAGGCCAAGCGCCACACGAGCGGGACUCGUGGCAAGGGAGGCGGAUCGGGCUCUGGUUCAGACCGGAGUCUCACCCGGAAGCACGGCUCUCGGAAGGGUCCUUCUUCCAGGCAACAAGUGAAACGGAGCUUGGAUGGAGGAGCCCUUGGACCAGACGCUUUCCAGCUAUUGUUGCGUCACCUGGCGGAGACCGCCAAGAGUCGUUUUUGCGGCUGCAACAAUUUGGCGUAGCAGAUGGUGCUCCUUUCGCGGAUUAUUUUCGGGCUUUCUGUUUGUUAGUUUCGUCUGGGACUGGCUCUGAGCGUACUUUGGCCCCUAGUGUAUCCUUGGUUCUCGAAAUAGUGCGAAACUCGGUCGACAAGCAAUUUCCGAGUCUGUCUCCGCUUUUGUACUCGGGUGUUUUGGCCACUGCGGUCACUCCCUUUGAGUCGAUUGCGGUUAUGUGGGAGACGUUCGCUUUUGGCGACUAAUAAAACCCCGGCUAUCGGUGCUUCAUCUUAUUUUUCGUUGACUUCGACCCGUGGCUCUCUGCAGCCUCGGCGGUCUAACCACCGCGCCCCUGCGUCGUCGGGCCAGUGGGCAUCCGGCUCCGCACAGAACCCUGUAGUUUUGCCCGUGCAACCUCAAGCCACCUAUCCUUUCACGCACAACUACAACUCCUGGCCUGCUUCGCAAGCCGACUGGUCUGAUGUAUACGCCCUCACCGCCAAUUUUCGUAAC